GUUGAUGACGUUUUUAUAUUGUAUUAAUAUGUUUGCUGCUGCUACCGAGAGCUUUGUCAAGCAAGUUGGAGAUGGAGGGAGGUUAGUUCCUGUUCCAAGCCUCAGUGAAGCUGAUAAAUACCAACCCCUAAGUCUGGUGGUGAAAAAGAAGCGAUGCUUUCUGUUUCCUAGAUAUAAAUUUACCUCAACACCUUUUACACUCAAAGAUAUUCUCUUAGGAGACAGAGAAAUUUCAGCUGGUAUUUCAUCUUAUCAAUUACUGAAUUAUGAAGACGAGUCAGAUGUUUCCCUUUAUGGAAGGCGAGGCAACCACAUUGUGAAUGACGUUGGGGUUAACGUUGCCGGAUCAGAUUCCAUCGCAGUAAAAGCUUCAUUUGGUGUCGUAACCAAACAGGAAGUUGAAGUCUCAACACUACUCAAGGAAAUUACUACUCGAAAAAUUAAUUGUGACCACAGCCUAAUCCGUCAAUCGAGGAACAGCAGAAAGGCAGUACUAUGUGUGGUCAUGGAAAGCAUUCGAACCACACGGCAGUGCUCAUUGUCUGUGCAUACUGGAAUUCGUGGGGAUUCAAUGCGGUUUCAUUUUAUGGAUGAACAAAAUCCCAGAGGAAGAGACAAGGCUAUUGUUUUUCCAGCUCGUACAACCAUAGCUUUCAGUGUUUUUGAACUUUUCAUUUACCUGGAUGGUGUCUUUGACCUUUGUGUCACUUCAGUGUCAAAAGGAGGAUUUGAAAGGGAAGAAAGAGCAACAUUUGCACUACUCUACAGAUUGAGAAAUAUCCUAUUUGAAAGAAAUAGAAGAGUAAUGGAUGCCAUUUCUCGCUCACAGCUUUACUUGGAUGAUCUUGUUUCUGACUUCUAUGACAAACCUCUUAGUAUGACUGAUAUUUCACUCAAAGAAGGCACUCACAUCCGAGUCAAUUUACUCAAUCACAACAUUCCAAAAGGCCCUUGUAUACUCUGUGGAAUGGGGAGCUAUAAAAGGGAGACUGUUUAUGGUUGUUUUCAGUGUUCUGUCGAUGGACAGAAGUAUGUGAGACUUCAUGCAGUUCCUUGUUUCGAUAUUUGGCACAAGAGAAUGAAAUAAAAUGACAAAUGAAUAUUCCUUGCUGGUGUUUUAGGUGCAGUUGUGCCAUAGACCUUUCCAAAAUUAUCUAAGUUUGCUUUAAUGAAUUGUGGCAAAUU